AUGGCGACCAACAGCAGCGCCGUAUCGCAGGAUACACUCAUCACCAUCAAAAUCAGCGUCAAUGAGCAGCUCAAGAAGCUCAAGCUGCCACUGCGAGAGGUGAACAUCGCCUCGCUGACCCCACGUGUAAGUCGGCCUCGGCGUGCUGAUGCUGAUCGGCAGAGCAAGCAACGCUACUCCGACUCAGCCGGCGGCUACAUCACCCUCGAUGAGAAGAAUCCGCAGGUCUUCAAGGCGCUCGUCCGUGCAGCCAAAGCCAAGGGCAAGCUGCGUCUGAGGGUGACCGUCACCCCAACCAACGUUCCGCAAGAGAAGGAGGCGCCAGUCGACGCCAAGAAGGUCGCUGUCAAGCCUAUGGAGCCCAUCAUUGUGCGUAGCACUGCUCCUAUGAGCGCCGCCCUCGCAGAGGAGAAGCCUCGCAUACAGUCUGCUCAGGCUCAGCCACGGGAUCCGAUCUCCCAACAGACACUGAUUGACGACGCCCCUGUACCGCACCCAUUCUCGGUCGACCGCACCGCUUUCUUCGAGAACCUCGCAGCUCCAGCGGCUAGAUCAAUGCUGCCAGUCCGACCCCGUGAGCCUCGCGAGAAGGAUGAGUUGGUGGUUGAGAUGAAGCACGAGUGGGCCAUCUUCUGCAAUGAGUGCAGCAAGGCUCUACCAGACUCCCACUACCACUGCGACAUCUGCGACGGUGCAGACUAUGAUCUGUGCGAGCAGUGUGUCGCUGAGGGCAAGCUGUGCCCGGGUGAUGGUCACUGGCUCAUCAAGCGAUUCCUCAAGGAUGGCCAGUUCAUCACAAGCACGACCGAGCGCGUCUCACCACGCAAGUUUCACCAGGCUUCUCUCAUACUCCAGUCUGAGCCCGAGAUUGAAGAGAAGAUGCCAGGUGCUCUCUCUGAGGAGACCAAGACUCUCGACCUUGAGCCAAUGUCCCCUACACGCACUUGCAAUAACUGCGUAAUUGUCCUGCCAGAGCGAGAGUUCGUCCACUGCACGUCGUGCGAAGACUUCGACCUGUGCAUCAAGUGCCACAUGGCCGACAAGCACGGUCAUCAUCCAGCUCAUGGCUUCGAGCUCGCGACGAACGACACUGUCCUUCCUCUUGCUGCCGAGACCAAGCUGGCCCCAGGCCGCAACGUGCGUCACAACGCCAUCUGCGACGGUUGUGACAAGAAGAUCCAUGGAGUGCGCCAUAAGUGCCUGAACUGCCCAGACUGGGACUACUGCAACGACUGCAUCAAGGAUGCUAGGCACACUCACCCACGCCACCGCUUUGCUCCUCUCUACACUCCUAUCGCCGACCAGGGCGGCUCCAUGGUCCGCCACUUUGGCAUUUAUUGCGAUGGCCCACUUUGCAGCCAGAAAGCUCACGCUUCCUAUAUUCAAGGCGUGCGCUACAAGUGUACUAUCUGUCACGACACAGAUUUCUGUGCAAAUUGCGAGGCAUUGCCGGGCAACCAUCACAAUCGCACUCACCCGCUGCUCAAGCUCAAGACACCUGUUCGUAAUGUGAAUGUCUCAACCGAGAACGAGGACCUUAAUGGCAAUGUCCGUGUCACGGGAGAUCGUCACGCUGAGCCGGCUGCAGCAACUCAGGUUGUCCCGAUCCCAGUCAAUGCUGCCACUCCGGUGCAGACCGUUGCUGAGAUCAAGCCCACUGAGGUCAAGAAGGAGUCUCUUCCAAUGCAGAUUCCCGUCAAGAAAUUCGAGACAUUCCCGAAUGCCCCACAGCCACAGACAUUCAAGCUUGCCCCAGAGGUGCCAAUGUCUCUGCUCAACGCUCACUUCGUGCGGGAUAGCAUCCCAGACGGCAUGGCUGUCGAGCCGGAGACUCAAAUCACGCAGAUCUGGACUCUCAAGAACCCAGGUCCUUACACUUGGCCAGCCGGCUGCAGUGUCCGCUACGUCGGUGGCGAUAACAUGCUCAACGUCGACAACAGCCACCCAGCAUCUGUUGCUGCCAUCAACGAGGCAGCCGAGAGCAACGUUGUUGGUCGUGAGGUAUCAGUUGGCGAGGAGGUUGCCUUCAAGGUUGUGCUCAAGGCUCCUAUUCGAGAGGGCAAGGCCAUCAGCUACUGGCGACUAAAGGCCGCAGAUGGCACUCCGUUCGGUCAUCGCCUGUGGUGCGAUAUCGAGGUCAAGAAGAACACGAACGCUUCUCCUGCAAGCAACAAGACUGUCGAGAGCACGAGCGAGAAGGAGCGCCGCGAUAUCCUGCGUCAGCGUGUUGCUCAUAUCAAAGCCAACAUUGUCAAGACUCGCGAGGAGCGCGAGAAGCUUGCACAAGACCUCAGCAAGCAGAAGGCUGCUGCAGCAGAGAAGAAGGCCGAUGAGGCAUACGAGAAGAUGAAGAACAUCAUCGAGCAGGUGGCCAAGCAAGCCAGCGACGAGGAAGAAAACGAUGCGGAGGAGUCUCUUGAAGGCAGCCAAAUGGUCUUCCCAAAGCUUGAGAAGGAGAGUCCAGCCAGCAGCACCUACCAGUCAGCUACUAGCAGCUCCAGCAAGGGCAAGGCCGCAUAUGUCGAGAAUGAAGAUGGCGAGGUGGAGCGCUCGGCACGACCGUCUCCUGCUCAAGCACCAUCCACAGUGGCAUCCCCUGCCAUCGAGCACGAUGACUUCGUCGACCUCGACGAUGAGUUGGAGGUGCUUAGCGCUGCUGAUGACAGCGAAGACGACGGUUUCCUCACUGAUGAGGAGUACGAUAUCCUCGACGCAUCCGACCACGAG